AUGGGAAAAAGGUUUGACGAUCUCAGUAAAAACAACAACGAAAAUUUCAACGAAAAGACCGAUGCCAACUCCUCCGCAUCGGAAUCGUCUCGCCCUAAAGAGGCUUACUUUGAAAAGAAAGAUGACAAAGGCAGAAUCGUCUUGACCGAGGAAAUGGCGCCGGAAGUGCUUGGUUUUGCAUUCAGUGAAAAGAAGAAGUACAUAAUCCUCACUGUUAUCGCCAUUCUCCAAAUAUCGAUGAACUUUAAUACCUCCGUAUACCCCAACGCUGUCGGAGCAAUUAGCGAGGAGUGGGGUGUCUCCGAGCAAGCCGCAAGAGUCGGACAAAUGGGUUUCCUUGUUCUCUACGCAUUCGGAUGCGAGCUCUGGGCUCCAUGGUCCGAAGAAUAUGGUCGUUGGCCUAUCCUACAACUUUCACUCUUUUUUGUCAACAUAUGGUCGCUUAUGCAGGCCCUUUCACCCAACUACGCCACUAUGAUGGUCGGUAGAUUCCUGGCAGGUUUGUCGUCUGCCGGUGGAAGUGUCACGCUCGGAUUGGUCGCUGAUCUCUGGGACGCUGACACGCAGCAAUACGGCGUUGCUUAUAUUGUAUGGUCAUCUGUUUCAGGUACCACUGUUGGUCCUAUUGUUGGUGGUUUUAUGGAAAGUUUCGCGCCUUGGCGUUGGAUCUUCUGGGUUCAACUGAUCUUUGGAGGUUUCACAAUGGCUCUCCAUUUCCUAAUUGUUCCCGAGACAAGAUCGACGAUUUUGCUAGACAGAGAAGCUAAGAGAAGACGCAAACAAGCCGUAAAAGACGGAAAGCCAGAGCCUAACAUUUGGGGUCCGAACGAAGUCAAGGAGUCAAGAAUUAGUGUCAAAGAAAUUAUCGUCACCUUUUACAGACCGUUUGAGCUGUUUGUUCGCGAGCCUAUUGUCUUGUUCUGUUCGAUGCUCUCGGGUUUCUCGGAUAUGCUUAUUUUCAUCUUCUUGGAGAGUUAUGGUCCAGUUUUUGGACAAUGGGGUUUUGCGGCAUGGGCGACCGGCUUAGGCUUUGUGCCUGUCUGGAUCGGUUACUUUAUUGGAUGGGCAUCGUUUAUUCCCUUCAUUCGUAAAGAUAUGGCGCAGAGAAAAAUUGACCGCUUCUCUGUUCCUCCGGAACGUCGUCUCUAUUGGUUGCUUUGGACGGCUCCCCUUGAAGCUAUCGGAUUGUUUGGCUUUGCGUGGACAUCUCUCGGACCGGAAUACAACGUCCACUGGAUUGCGCCUAUGAUAUUCGCUGCCAUGAUCGGUAUCGCAAAUUAUUGCAUCUAUAUGGCUACAUUCGACUACAUGGUUGCAGCUUAUGGACCUUACGCUAGUUCUGCAACUGGUGGUAACGGAUUCGCAAGAGAUUUCCUCGCAGGUAUCAGUGCUAUGUUCAGUACGCCGUUUUACAAUCACUUCGAUACAUAUACGUUGGAGUAUCCCUCGACAAUCCUCGCGUGUAUUGCCACUUGCUUGAUAGCGCCAAUUUUCCUCCUCUACUUCAAAGGACCAACUGUCAGACAACGCAGUCGCUUUGCUCAAUCUCUCAACGACGAGUUUGAGUCUACGAAGGUUAGGGCUCAAGUCAGGGAGGAGAAGGCUGGUGGAGGAGCUGAACACAUUGAGCAUGCGUAG